GACUCGUUCGCUUCGCUGAGCCCCCGCCCGCCCGGCAUGGAGCCCCCGGCCGAGCCCGAAGGCCCCGGGCACGCGGAAGCGUCGGCCGCCGCGCCGCUGCGCGCCCCGGCCGUGGCCCGGCUCCGCGAGGAGCAGGAAAAGGUGGUCACUAACUGCCAGGAGAAAAUCCAGCAUUGGAAGAAGGUUGAAGAUGAUUAUAACGCCCUUCAAGAAAGACUCAGAACCUUGCCUGACAAGUUGUCUUACAAUGUCAUGGUACCAUUUGGCCCUUUUGCCUUCAUGCCAGGAAAACUUGUCCAUACGAAUGAAGUUACGGUUUUACUUGGGGACAACUGGUUUGCAAAGUGCUCAGCAAAGCAGGCUGUAGGUUUGGUUGAGCACCGGAAAGAACAUGUAAGAAAAACAAUGGAUGAUUUAAAAAAAGUGAUGAAAAAUUUUGAAUCCAGAGUUGAAUUUACAGAAGAUUUGCAGAAAAUGAGCGAUGCUGCAGGUGAUAUUGUAGACAUAAGAGAAGAAAUUAAAAGUGACUUUGAAUUUAAAGGAAAACCACGGAUUGCUCAUAAACCUCAUUCCAAACCAAAAACUUCGGAUAUUUUUGAAGCAGAUUUUGCUAAUGAUGUAAGACCCAAGGAUUUGGUUGCUGAUAAUGAACUUUGGGCUCGACUUGAAGAACUAGAAAGACAGGAAGAAUUGCUGGGUGAACUUGACAGUAAGCCUGACUCUGUGAUUACAAAUGGAGAAGAUGCAACAUCUUCUGAAGAGGAGAGGGAAGAUCAAAGGACAGAUGCGAAGGCAGUGCGUCAAGAAACUGAUGCCUUCUCUCUCCAAAGUUGUCAUAAGGAUGAUGGUAGACGGUUAGGACUGUUCAAUGGCCAAGUGAAGAGUCAGUUGAACUGUUCCGUGAAUGGUUCACAUUCAUAUCACAGCAAUGAAGAUGAUGAUGAUAACGAAUACACUGAUGAUGAUGAUGAUGAUGAUGAUGAUGAUGAUACUCCAGCAGAUAAUUCUGUACCGACAAUAUAUUUUUCUCAUACUGUUGAACCUAAAAGGGUUCGAAUAAAUACUGGUAAAAAUACCACGUUAAAAUUCAGUGAAAAGAAAGAGGAAGCCAAGCGCAAGCGCAGGAGUGGCGCUGCCAGUGGCCAUGCUGCCCAGGAGCUGCCUGCUAUCAGGAGCCCCGCUGACAUUUACAGGGUCUUUGUCGAUGUAGUGAAUGGAGAAUAUGUCCCUCGCAAGUCCAUCCUGAAAUCUCGCAGCAGAGAGAACAGUGUCUGCAGUGACACCAGUGAGAGCAGCGCUGCGGACGUGGAUGACCGGAGGGGAGUGCUGAGGAGUGUGAGCUGUGAGGAGGGCCCGUGCCCUGACCCCAGCCAGAGCAUUCUGGAAGAAGAACCACAAGAAGAAGAGCUGAGAAAGACUUUGCCCUUGCCAGGAAUACCUGAGGCUUUUUCUGGAACUGUUAUAGAAAAGGAGUUUUUGUCCUCCUCCUCCUCAGCAGCACCCCCGUCCAUUGCUCAUCCUGUCCUGCCCACCAUUCCAGAGCGAAAAGAAGUUCUGUCAGGAGAGCCAGAAGAAACUGCAAAGAGGGUUUCCAAGUUCAAAGCUGCCAGAUUGCAGCAGAAAAACUAGGAAGUGGGACUUUACAUCCUUAAGCCAAGUGGUGCAUUUGUGGACAUUUGCAGUAGAUACGUUAUGUGUGGUUUGAAAUAAGGCCUUCUGUGUUAGCUUGGCAGCAGUUUUUUCUUAUCUUUAUUAGUGGUAUUUAAAAAGUCACAGUAAAUGUUUGAAUACUUUAAUAUUUUGCUGGUUUUGUUUAUUCUCUGAAUACUGUCUGAGUUGACCUUAUGAAACAAUGGUAGCAUUUUCAACUAUUUUUCAAAGAAUGCUGUUCUUAGGCAUUGUUUAUGUGUUUUAAACUAAAUGCAGACAGUUUUGUACCAGCUGUGAUGUUGUGCAUACCCUAUGGGGCAUUAGAUUUCAAGUAGAUUCAACCAUUAUAUUACUUGCUUUUUCAUAUUUUAAAGGCACUUUAAAAAAAUCUACAUCUCUUGUAGGUUUCGCAGCUAGGUGGCUAUUAAAAAUAAUGUAAUCUUUAAGGUAGGAAGCGACAUGAACCCUAUGGGAAAACUUAUUUGGUUAAGGAUAAUAUUUUGUAUAACUUUUGUUUUUCAAGUAGAAUUUUUUGAAGCUUGGUCUCCAUAAAAUGUUGUGAACUUCCCAUUUUUGAGUUGUUUAUGAGAGUGUCUUUGAGUCAUAGACAUGCUGCUUAGACCACUGUGGAUUUUUGAGUUCUUCUCCCUGUGAGUGCAGGACUGUAACGGGG